AAUGGUAACCUUGUGUAAUCUGAGCAGGAGGUACUUUUAAGGAUCUGAACAUGUAUUUGAUGCCAGCAUCGAUAGAGGUCUCUGGGACAUACAGAUAAGAGUUUUCCAGAGGAAUUGCUCAACAGCUGAUGUAUUCAGGCACAGAGUGAAGAGUCGAAUAUUAACAGAGAAACUCUGAUUGCUGAGAAGGGUUGACCCUAUCACCGUGAAGCUGGAAAUUAGUGCUGCUGCAUAUAUAUAAAAGAACAGAGGAGACCUCUCCCUGUCAGAGCUGAUGAAAAAAGAAGAUCACUGAGCUGCUUAAGCACGCCAGCACCAUGAGACUGCUCCUGCUGUUCCUGCUCUGUGUUUCCUCCAUUCAGUCCCAGAGCUCUCUUGACUAUGACGAAGAGGAUGAGAGCCCCGUGCUUGACGUUCGAGGCCACCGACCCUUGGACAAAAGGCGUGAAAUGGCGCCCACGCUCCGGCCUGUGGCAGCUCCCAUCAGCGGGGCCGGAUACCAGCCCCGGCCCCCCAAGCGCGGGAAGUCGGGCGACAAGAAGGAACGGAUCGUCUAUCCUGAUGCCGGAGGCUGCAAGCAUGUGCUGGAGGAGCUGGGAGUGCUGUGCCCAACUGGAUGUGAGCUGCGAACUACACUGCUAAAACAGGAAAAAUCAGUGAAACCAGUUAUUAAUGAUCUAAAAGUUAAAGUAAACACACUUUCGGAGGGCUCCUCAACUUUCUACGAAUAUGCGACCGUUCUAGAAGAUAAAUUGGUAAAGAGGCAAAAACAAAGAAAAGACAAUGAUGAUUUACUUUCUCAGUACAACACAGAAGUGGAAUUGCAAUAUAGUUAUAUAAAGGAUAAUCUGGACAAUAAUAUCCCAUCCAGCCUCAGGGUCCUUCGUGCAGUUGUGGAUACUUUACAUAAAAAGAUACAAAAACUGGAAAAUGCCAUUGCAACCCAGGUGGACUACUGCCGUUCCCCAUGUUCUGUUUCCUGUAACAUUCCUGUGGUUUCAGGCAAAGAAUGUGAGGAUAUCAUCAGAAAGGGAGGCGAGACAUCCGAAAUGUACCUCAUCCAGCCAGAUCCUUUUGUCAAGCCAUACAGAGUAUACUGUGACAUGGAAACAGAUAAUGGAGGUUGGACUUUGAUUCAGAACCGCCAGGACGGCAGUGUUAAUUUCGGAAGAGUAUGGGAUCAAUAUAAAAAAGGAUUUGGAAAUGUUGCAAAGAGUGGAGGGAAGAACUACUGUGAUACACCAGGUGAAUAUUGGCUUGGAAACGACAAGAUCAGCCAGCUUACCAAAAUAGGGCCCACUGAAGUUCUAAUUGAAAUGGAGGACUGGAAUGGUGAUAAAGUAUCAGCUCAUUAUGGAGGUUUCACCAUACAGAAUGAAGGAAACAAGUAUCAGCUUUCAGUUAGCAACUACAAAGGCACUGCAGGCAAUGCACUGAUGGAAGGAGCUUCCCAAUUGCAUGGAGAAAACAGGACAAUGACAAUUCACAAUGGCAUGUACUUCAGUACUUACGACAGAGACAAUGAUGGAUGGUUAACAUUAGAUCCAAGAAAACAGUGCUCCAAAGAAGAUGGUGGUGGAUGGUGGUACAACCGCUGCCACUCAGCCAACCCCAAUGGCAGAUACUACUGGGGAGGCACCUACAGCUGGGACAUGGCAAAACAUGGGACAGAUGAUGGUAUCGUGUGGAUGAACUGGAAAGGGUCAUGGUAUUCAAUGAAGAAGAUGAGCAUGAAAAUCCGGCCAUACUUUCCACAGUAACCAUUAUCAAAAUGUACAGAAUCAGGGAUUUUCUUUUAGUAUUUGUACGUGGUUUUCUUUUUAGCAUGGUACUCAGUGUUACCUUUACAUAUGAGAACCAAAUCUGUAUGUACAACCAUAUUGUGACCAAAGUGAAAAGCUAUGUCAAAUGUAAAUCUAAAUCUGUCCGAUGAAAAUAACUUACAAGUGUAUUUUUCCCAUUUUUCAUUUGUGCACAAGACAGAAUUAACUAUUAUGGAAUAACACUGAUAAAAUAAAACCAACUCGUUUCACUCUUUUA